GCGUUGAGCGUUGUAGUGAGUGAGGUUCUGCCGCUCCGCGUUUGUAGUGUCGAGUGAUCAGUUGCAAGGUUGACCUUGAUCAUGCCGACCGUUUCCGGUAGCGGCGGAGAGGAGGUCGAGUCACAGGAUGAGGUCAAGGUCUUUAAAUAUGAGGGAGAUGAGGAGGAGAGUGAGAAGCGUUCCUCGGAAAACUUAACAGAAGACAAAAGCAGUCUCAUCACAGAAACGGAAGAGGACAAGAGCACCCAUGUGCCUUCCUCUUCCUUCGCCAGCGCCUCGAAGCUCGAUGGUCGCCUUCCAGAAGCCUCACCGUUCGGCCUCUUCGGAGCGUCGGCAUGGGGGGCUGACCGUCUGGGCUACUUGUCGCCCUUCGCCUACGCCUACACCAACGGCACUUCAGCUAUGGCGGCGGAAAAAAUGGGUCUUGGUGCGGGUCCAGCCGGCGGCUCCCUCUUCUCGCUGUACCACAAUGGCCAGACCCACUUGGGCCAGCCCCCUCCGGCACACAUGGGCAUUUCUCCGUACCAGUUGGAUCCCAAAGCAGGUCUACGUCCUCCUGUAUAUCCGUUCGCUGCCUCAGGCCAGUAUCCGUACCCUCUUGGGGCCGACUUCACAGCACAGAUGGCUUCCGCUUGGCCUGGUGCCCGCAUGUACCCGCUUCCUUCCUCCUCUCCGUUCAGCAGCACCUACCCCUCCUCACCACUCUCCCUCUCUUCCGCCACCCUACCCAGGUUUUCGCCAAGUGGAUUGAUGCCUCCGCACCCGGGUCUAACGCCUCCUCUCACUCACCCACUGGUUGCUUCACCCAAAACAGAGUUACCGAACACGUCACAUGAUAACCACAGACAUCAUAUAGAUCAAAAACCAUCUCUGCAAUCAGGGGACAAGCAACAAAUGAUAGAAACGAAAAAUGGAGAUAAAAAGCCACAUAUUAAGAAGCCCUUAAAUGCUUUCAUGUUGUACAUGAAGGAAAUGAGGGCUAAAGUAGUUGCAGAGUGUACUCUGAAGGAAAGUGCUGCCAUCAACCAGAUCCUUGGACGCAAGUGGCAUGCGCUAAGCCGCGAAGAACAGGCGAAGUACUAUGAACUAGCACGCAAAGAACGUCAACUUCAUAUGCAGAUGUACCCUGGGUGGUCCUCACGUCAAAAUUACUCGCAAGGGAAAAAGAAGAAGCGUAACCGUGACAAAACCCAAGAUGGAGCGAAUAUGAAGAAGUGUCGUGCGAGAUAUGGUCUAGAACAGCAGAGUCAGUGGUGUAAACCAUGCAGGCGAAAGAAAAAAUGUAUUCGCUAUAUGGAAGGAGAGGAAGGUGAGGACAUGGCCCCAGGGUCAGCAGAUAGUGUUGAUGCUUCUCAAGACAGUGAUGAUGAUGAUGAUCUACGAGAUUUGUCAUCUCCUUCCACAGCAUUGGUGGGUGAUCACACUGCCACUUCCCCAGCAUCCUCAAGUCUGAUGCCCUCCCCUGGGCCAUCUUUGGCAUCACCUUCAGGACCACCCUCAUUGCUCAUGCCUUCACCAGCCUCCUUAUCGUCCCCUUUAACGCCAGGGGAAGCCAAUCCUCUACAGAUGAACCAGGGUCCUCAAGGCCCACACCCCCACCGGCCCCCAGUGGGCACCAACCCUCGAGACAUCAAUAACCCUCUUAGCGUGAAUCAGUUGACUGGUCAGUGUGCCAGCACCAAACCUGAGCCAGGGUCGCAAGACUCCUCCCAUCCUGCUAUGGUGAGCGUCACAUGACCCACUGCAACCGUAGAUACCCAUGCCCAUAUGCUGUACUGGACAUGCCCAUCCUUAUACAUGCACCACUCUUUACAAAGAAAGUGCUGUAAUGGAGUACUGAGUGUUUGAGCUGAUGUAUCGUGGCAGAUACAUUAGUGUUGCACAUUGAAAUCAGGACCAAAUUAUAUGCUCCAGGUUGGGCCUGUGCCAGUGCAGUCACUAAUACCUCAGUGUCAACAGUGCGGCUAAGAUAAAAGACUUGUGGCCCAAAUUUGGCACCUUCCCUGUAAAUAUUUGUUCCUUCACAUCAUGAAUCAACCCCUCAUUGUAUCACACAAAGCAGUAAAAGAUACUCUAAAGCUGCGCAGCCAGCCGUUCACUUCGUUCUAUUCUGUAAUGCGGAAAAUAAACAGACUUUGUGAUACAGAAACAAUGUAUAUGAUCAUGUUAUUUUAUGACUGUGCAAACCUGAACUAGGCAUUAUAAGCCGGGCAUGUUUUUCUCUUUCUCUUAUUUCUCCCACUUUGGCAUCUGUGAGGAUUUCCAUAAUAAAAGAAAACCUGUGCUGAUGAACACUAUGGAGAUUGAAAUUGAGUAGGAGUGCUUCAUAAAAAUUAAAAUUUUAUAGGGAAUUGUGAAAUGAUUUUAUGGCUUUGCAACAUUGAAGACAGAAGUUGAUUACAAAAUACCUGCUGGUAUGAGAUGUUGGAUCCAAGUGAAUGUCAUUUCUAGGUUGUCAAAUGAAAUUAUGAAAAUUUUAGUUUAUUUAUUAUACAUAUUUACUACCAUUGUUAUAGGUUAUUUUGUAAAUUUGAAUUGAAGCUCCUCAUGGAGUUUCUUAUUUCAUGAAAAUUCAUUUGGUUUCAUUAACCAAGUCUUGUACCCAGGAUGCAUUUUGGUUUUAUUAAACAAAACCUUACAUAAAGAUCUUUCCAAAGUUGAGGAAAGCCUGGCAAAAAUAUCUUGUGCAGAGUGUUGGAAGUGCAAUAUUAGUAUCAAAUUUUGUGGUAUUCGGCAGCUCCAAUCAGGUGAUUUAUUAUUUUGAACUGUUCUCUUGAUUUGACUGUAACUUGUAGUUAUUUUGUACUUUUCUCUUGAUUUGACUGUAACUUGAAGUUAGACUGCAGUGCAAAGUUUGUAUAGAUCAUUGGACUAUGUUUCUAUUAAUGGAAAGCAGUGUUGUGUGAUAUGUGUACAAGGUCAACAUUUUAUGACAUAAUGCAUUAUAAACAUUUUUUAAGCUAGUAAACCAAUUUUCUUAAUCCUUCUGUUUUAUUCAGAAGUAUUAAAGAAUAAGAGCACAGUGCUUGGCUGGCUACAUAAUCUCCACAUUUACCUCUUAAAGACAUCUUUUCACCUCAUGAUUGAAACCUUCAAAGGGAAUUUGUUUAAUUGUACGUAUAUAGUCAGUAAAUUAUUUAUUGACUUUGAAUCGUAUAACAACUAUAUUGCUGCAUUUUGAUUUUGUAUUUUAAAAUUUUGUGUUGAAACAGUUUGACACUAUAAAAUGGACUAAACUAUUAAACUACUGAGAAUUCCCUAUCAUAGUACCAAAGGACUCUAAUUUCUCUCUAGCAUUAGUCUUAUUUAGAACAAUCUGCCAUUGCCUGUGAUUCACUAAGUUGUUAAUUAUAACUAGCUGGAUGAUGCUGAUUAUUGUAUUAUUUUAUGACUUGAGAUUUAAAAAAAAAAGUAUUGAAGAGUUAGCAUCCUUUUUAUAAGUAAACUUGGUUUUCUUUGUUAAAAUUUCCUUUGUAUAAUUUGUAACCCUACCUUUGGAUUUGUAAAGGUAAAUGCCUCGUCUGUAAAGAUUCCAAAUUGUUGUACAGUGUGUUAGCAUUGGCAUUCUGUAUUAUAAGUAUUGGAGUUUGCAAACUCUCAUCAUAGGAAACAUUGACAGUUACCUACAGGUCGUUUCCUUCUUUCUAAUUAAUGUUAAGGGUUACAAAUUACUCCAUUUAUAAUGGCAUUUCAAUGUUGAAACCUUUAAGCCUCAGUGUGCAAUUUGAAAUAUUUGAUGUCAUCAGCAACAACAAAAAAUGUUAAUACAAUUACUGAAUAUUUAUUAUAGAUCAGGUUCUGCAGACUUCUUAUUUAGGGUUCUCAAGCAUAUUAUAACUGCCAGAAAACUUGCAGGUUUUGUUGUCCAUAUCAAGCAAGAAUUAAGAUUUUACUAAUUUCUGUCAUUUGUUAAAACUUAAAAGUUCCCAUUUUCUUACUCAGUGGUAUUAUUUUCCAUAUUUUAACCCGUUUAUCACUAAUACUGUAAUAAAAGAAAACUGUUUAUGAAAUAUGUCUUAAUGAUUAUCCUUGAAAUGAAAGUCGUACAAAACCCUAAGAGACUAUUUCCAAUUUAUUUUUUCUUAUUAGUGCUGUGUAUACCAUAUCUUUUGUCCAGUAUUUAUCACUAGAUAUUAUAUCAAUAUUGAAAAUCGUUACUGCUCGGGAGACAAUACAUAAUCCUAUUUCCAAUGUUAUGAGCGAGUUUAAAUACUUUUUAUAGUAUUCAAAUAUACUACUUGUGAAUUUUUAAGGGUCUUCAGUUCAUUCUAUAUUUAAGAAAACUACAACUGGAUAACAACAGUAUGUUCUUGUAGGAUAAACAUCAUACCUUAGUAUGUAUUUCCAAAACUGUAUCACUUAUAGUUUUACCAGCCUGGCAGUGUUUUUCUUUUCUUUUUCUCUCCAAAAAAUCCUCAAACUAGAGACGAACAGUAUUCAAAGAAAGUGUGCCUUAUAUCAAAAACAGCAUAAAGUGUUACUGAAAAAAUUUUGCCAGCAAAGUAUCAAAAUCAAGGUUCCAAGUGAAACUAGCUGGAAGGAAAUAAUGUAUGAAGUGCAAUUUACAGUAAAUGGUAUACACUCCACUCAGAAAUUAGUAAAAAUAUAAAAUAACUUUUGCAUAUUAAAAUAUUUUUUAAUAAUUAGUUUUUUGCUUAGGGUUUCUCAAUUAUAUAAUGCAUGUGGAGGCUAAGAUUUUGUACUGUCUUUGUGAUUAUUGUUUCCUUGCAGUACAGAAUACAUUUUUAAGGAACACAUGUACACUUGGCUAAUGUCUAAUCUGACACACUGGUUGGCCAAUUUUAGGAAUGAGAAGUGACAAUGUCCAAGAGUACACAUCAGACCCAGAAACUGAUAUCAUGUUUAAUGAAACUUAGACAUAUUCAUGACAAAAAAUAUGAAAGCUUAAUUGUUGCCAUUUAUGCAUACAUUGUCCAAGCACUUGGCCAGCCAUCAAUUUUUUAACUUAUAUCUUAUCACCUCUUAUUGAGUCUACAUGCAUUUUCAUAACUUUCAGUGUAACAGGGUUUCAAUUCAAGUAAAACAAAAAAAAGCAUGCCCAUUUUCUCUUGCAUGAAUAGGCUUGUGAUUAAAACUAAUAACCUCUGGAAUCAAGAGGUUGCCUGUCACUUACCACAUACAGCACAUGUAUAAAGUAUAGUACUAGUAUCAUGUACAAUGCUUGAUAUAAAUAUAUAUAUAUAAAUAUAUGUAAACAUUUUCAACAACUGCCCAACACUGAAGCUGCCAUUUUUUCCAUUUUACCAUUAAACCCUAUUAAUAAUGGAAGGAUUUCUUAUAGUUAUAUUACAGCUUCAUAUAAGUCAGCAACAAAUUUAUGCCACAUAAAGUGGACAUGAGUUAUUGAAUGGAUUUCUGUCAUGUUCAUUUAUAAUUGAUUACUGUAUUAGAAAUAAUGAAUGCUCUAAAAGGCUGUAGUAGCCGUACAUUUCACAUUAACUUAAACUAUUUUACAUUCCCUAUACAGUAUUAGGAAAGCUAGAUUUUUAUAAUGCAUUGUUAAUACAGUUCUCAUCAUUUCAGAAAAUAACACUUGUCAUGAACUGUAGACUUGAUAAAAGUUAUCUGAUAACAAUCACUAAACAUCAGAAGCAGAGGUAUGUGUGGCAAUUUACCAUCACUGUUUUACUCCUCAAAAGAUUUUGCAAAGUAUUUGAUUGGCCAGCUAUAUUUCAAGCUCAGUGUAAAGUAAAAUACAAGACUUAAGUCUCCAGAUUGCUCAAAUUUUGUAUGGAUUGUAAUACAGGAAUAAACACAGGCGUUAAGAAGUUAAUUUAUAUUUUUAUUAACAUUAAGUUCCUGCAUAAAACUAUUAGUAUCGACAUUAAAAACCCCUGCCCUUUGAUACACCAUCAUAAUUAACUACUAAAUACUCAUUUCAUAUGGGCUUUCAUUCAUAUCUCAUACACUCACCAUAUCAUUGUUUUUUAACUUGUGAUUUUAUCAUUCAGAACUAGAAUUUCCUUAUGGAGUAUGGUAAUUUCAACUGUUUUAAGUUAUUAAGGGUUGGUUAUGAUAAACUACUUGUGAGACUGAUCUCCAAGACCCCUGAGCCGAGCUGCAACAGAGUCAAGAGCGUAUCUUUUUAGCAUUUCGCAGUCCCUAGAUAAAAUGGUCAGUUUUGUGUGAUGUUGAUGUUAAGUGAUGUAUAUAUGAUUGAAUGUUAUAUUUUGGUUUUUCACUGUUUCAAUCUAGAAGGCUGUUGUAUCUUAUCUCUCUCUUUCCAUAUGCAGUCAGUGUAGCUGUGAAUGUGAUUUGUUCUUCACUGUGCCAAUCUACCUGAUGGCCCAGCCUCUCAAAUCUGGUCCCAGGUGUCCUUUUUAUUGUAAAUAUGGUAUUAUUAUUAUUAUUAUUAUUAUUAUUAUUAUUAUUAUUAUUAUUAUUAUAUUUAGCUAGCAUUCUAUUCCAUGGAGAAUUGUAAUUGCAAGACAAUCAUCAUUCACUUUUCAGCUCGUCUGUCCCAAGACAGCCUGAAUCAUUUUUAUGUUGUAUUUUUGUAAAUCUUAAUUCAGUUUAUGUAUGGAGAGACCAUCUUGUAUGAAGCAUUGUCACAGUUUGUUAAAAUGCGAUGUACAGAAAACAGUCGUUUAGAAUUGUUCAUGUAAAUAGAAUGUAGUGAAUAAAAUCAAUUUCAUAAGAGAAGACAU